AUGAACGCACUUACAACAUUCCCUGACGAUGACAUGUGUCCUAAGAUCACUGAGGAGAUCGGCGCUUUUAUUAAAGCGUCGAAGAAUCAGCCAAAAGCAACUGAAAAACCAAUUUCAGAAGAAGGUAAAAAGGUAGAGGCCGAGCAGAAACACGAAACCGAGGCGAGACAAAAACCAGAGCCACGGCCGCCACAAUCUCAACCAGUAGAUUUAGAUAACACCAGAACUUCGGUAGUAGUUCACGAGCUCAACGCGCUGAAACCAGGACCCGAUGGGAAAGUGGAUUGGACACCGCUUGGCGACCUCACUGGAACUAGGCCACCGGUCAAUAAGUAUUCGUUAAGUAGGUAUUCACUAGGAGAAUGGAGAAGGCACAAUGAAAAGGUGUUAAACUCUGACGUAGUGACCGAGUCAAAUGUCGUAGACUAUAACGCCAAGACGUCUAUGAUGCAAGCAUUCGGCACGCUCGAUAAGCAGCAAGCAGAAAAUAACAAGCGACUCAAACAAAAAGCUAAAGAUAUUUUCCGGUGGAAGGUGGAAGUAGAACGCGCCUGCAAAAUGAUAACGGAGGAAGUUGAAUUAUUGGAAAUAGAAAGACAGCGACUGAAGGGCGCCUCUAAAGUAUUAAUGUUGCCUCAAUCGAUCUCUAAACAGUGUCUCGAAAUGCGAUCGAACAGAUCGCAGCCGGACCUCGUAGCAGAUCUAGCCGAGAUACAGCUCGUGAAGGAAAUGAAUCUAGUGAAUGAGGUAAGAGAAACUUUGAAGACAACUUUGAAUCAAAUAGAAGAACAACUAAAGAUCAAUAAAGCAGCUAAGCACAGGAUCGAAUACGACUGGUGUGAUAAAACUAUGGCGUAUAAUACAGACACUAUCAAUUUGAGUCUUAGCACCAAGUCUAGCACUAUACUGUUUCGACCUGGAUCUACAAGAUUUGGUGAAUUUUCAGCACCACUGGAAUACUGGGAGUACUUUUGUAGAGAAAACAUCGAAAAUUGUGAAGCAGUGCGACAAAAGUCCGCUGACCUUAGAGGUAGUUUGAACGCUAUUUUAGUAAAUAACGGCAGAAAGCUACGUAACCAGGCGGAUAAAACUGACGUGGCUUUGGCCGAAACAGUGGCUCUCACAACUGAACUGUGUACGAAGUUAAAAGAGAAUUUAAUAAACACUUUGCAAAAAAUAGCUGACAUGGAAAGUUUAAUUCAAAACCUACAAGACGCGGUAAGGAAAACAGAUGCAGCCAUGAAGCUGGCUCAAACUAGGCUGGACAACAGAAAUAAUUGGAGGCCUCACGGCGAAAGUGUAAGGGACCAACCGCACAUAGGUUUAAUUGAAGAGGUUAAAAAAAUACACGAAACAGUCACAUCCCUUCUAGGACAGUUGAAAAAUGCAGAGAGAAUUAGAAUUAUAAAGAAAUCAACCAUGCAGCAACCAACUUCAUUUCCUGACAAAGAACAAUGCCCAACGAAGCAGGAGAUGGCAGCUUAUAAGCUGUCUCAAAAGUCUCCUACUCAUGCUUUGCAAGAAAUAGAAGAAGCCAAGGAGCAACAGCGAGAAAAAAUGGUAACUGUGGAUGCUCCAAAACCGGCUGAAGCUGCAGCUGAUCUAAAGAUGAAACAAGAAGAAAUUAGGCGAACGAGUCCAGAACUUGCAGGAAUAGAUGAUUUCCAUUAUUUACCAAACUUGAAGCCAGGACCAGACGGCAAGGUUGACUGGUCGCCGCUCGGGGACAUGACUGGCACCAGACCGCCCGUUAAUAAAUAUUCCUUAAAUAGAACUGAUAUGGCAUUAGCAGAAACUGUAGCUAUUACUACAGAACUGUGCACAAAACUCGAAGAGAAUCUGAGAAGUACUCUCCAGAGAAUUGCUGAUAUGGAGGCUUUGAUAGAAGAUUUGCAAGCAUCUGUGAGGAAGAUGGACAAUGCGAUGAAGUUGGCCCAAACAAGACUGGACAAUAGAAAUAAUUGGAGACCUCAUGGUGAAAAUGUUAGAGAUCAGCCGCAUGUCGGUUUGAUAGAAGAGGUGAAGAAGAUUCAUGAGACGGUGACGUCACUUCUCGGUCAGCUGAAAAACGCUGAGCGAUUGAGAGCAGGAUUGGUGAACAAAAGACAUGAAUUAGAAAGGGCUAUAGCAUCGAAGAGGAAGACUCUGAACAUAGACCGAGACCGAUGUGGAGUAAUGUCACAACCAACGGCUUGGAAUAUGGAUAAAUUAACUUGCCCCUAUAUCUGUCCGAACGCACCGCCGAGUAAUUUUGACAAGCCGGUCUAUUUAAAAGGUGGCCAUAGAAAAUCCCAUGACAAUCCUUUUGCUUCUCCGUAUGUCCCUGGUUCCGUACAACCACCGGAAAAGAAACAAUACCCUCCUGAUGCACCACCGCGCUACCUCCCUCAGCAAACGGACAGCACGAGUGGGGACGUCCUCGGCAUGGGACCCAUCGGACCGUGGGCUGCUGGCCACUUAGACUGGACUCCUCAAGCUGGGAUGACAGGUGUCCGUCCUGUAGUAGACAAGUAUUCCAUCACACGUUACUCCACUGGAGAAUGGAGACGAAACAACUUACGCACUUUAACUCCAAGAGCUACCGACAAGGCUAAAGCUUUAGAUGCUUCUAUUAAAGGGGAUUUAGCAAAAGCUAUAAAAGGCAUGGACGACAUGCAAGAUGGUUGUAACAAAAAAUUAAAAACAAGAGUCAAGACUUUGGCUCAUUGGAAGAAACAGGUGCAGAAUACACUUAAAGCUAUAAGCGAUGAGAUUGAAACAUUAGAUGCCAACAGACAAAAAUUAAAAAGUGCUAGCAGAAUUUUGAUGUUGCCUGAAGCAAUUUCUAGAGAGUGCUUGGAGCUUCGGACGUUCAGAUAUGAACCAGAUUUGGUGAGAGAUGAUGCUGAACAAGAGUUAAUUAAAGAAGUGUCUAUUGUUGGAGAAAUAAGAAGAGUCUUCCAGGAAACUCUAGCCAAGGUCGAGGUACAAAUGGCGAAUAACAGAGCUGCUAAGGCAGCUAUUGAGUUUGAUUGGAGCGACAAGAUAUCCACUUUAAAAAUAGAUAAUCAAAAUUUGAAUUUAACACCCGAUUCUAAUCUAAUACUCCAUCAUCCAGGUGUCGCUCGAUGGCCGGAGAACGCAACAAGUUUGGAGUAUUGGGAACAUUAUUGCAAAGAGAGUAUUAGAAAUUGCGAGGAAGUAAGACAGAAAUCUGAAAACUUGCGAGGAGACUUAAUGACAAUUAUUGUCAAAGGAUCCCAGGACAUGAAAAUUCAAGGUGAUAGAACUAAUCUCGCGUUGGCAGAAACAGUGUCCGCUACAGAACAGCUUUGCGCAAAACUAGAAGAAACUUUAAAGGACAAUUUGAAAACAAUCGCAGAUGUGGAAAAUCUCAUUGAUUACUUAAAGGAAUCAUUAAGGAAUAUAGACGAGCGUGACAAGCUGUCUAAUACGAGGCUACUCAACAGAAAUUACGGGCGACCCAACGUAGAGAACUGUCGGGAUGAAGCUCAGUAUGGUUUGAUGGGAGAAGCCAAGUUUAUCAAAGAAACCGCAGACUCUUUAAAGGUUCCUUGCAAGUUUGGCGGCACGGUUGGCGCGGUGGCUAAGGGGCGCAAAGUGCCGCGAGCUCGAUUCCCGCACGGAACAACUAUGUGUGAUCCACAGUUCGUUGUUCUGGGUCUGGGUGUCAAGUUUAUGUGA